GCAAGGGACAAAGAAAAGCAAAACUAGUCGUUGGGAUAGACGCGUCAAGAUUCGCGUCUUGCCUUGCGCGAGAUCAGGUGACCUCGAUUAAGAACAAGAUCUAUGACUGGCCUAGGGGUUGCAGUUUCAGUGUCCGUGCGUGCUGAACUCCUACCUCUGCUCUGGCCUUGCGAGCUCUCAGCGAUCAGACCCAAUUUGAUCUGCAUUACUAGCGGGAUUGUUUUGACGACGUUCAUACGGGCUGAAAUGAUUUGUAUUUCAUCAGGUUGUCAAUUGAGAGUUUAUCAAGUAGUGCAGUGUCUGUCACCUCUUCGACAUCCUUUUUCCAGUUAACCUUCCUGACGCCAAAAUCCAAGCAUCAUUCCCUAGUGAUUUCCUGAGUGUAAGGGGGAAAAAAAAACC